UUGGGGGGAGAGGAAAGUGGCUGCAGGCGUCUCUCGGAUUUCACAGCUUUCAUGGCUGAUUUGGUUAGGUGGUUGUGUGUGGAGGGGGGGAGUACAGGUGUCUUUGCCCCCUACUAGUCCAAGAAUUCCUCUUUGUCUUCCUUGGAAAAUCCUCUCUGGAGCCACCAACUGGCUCUCACUUAGAAAGAAUGCAGCCUGCUGUCCAGCCCGGUGACGUCAGCGCUGGAGUAUUUGGAAAACAAAGAGGGUUGGGGAGGGAGGCGGACCCGCGACGCUUAAAGACCUCUCCCUGCCGCAGGCUACCCUUGCCCUCUCGUCCUGGGCGCACUGGCCGCUACUGGAGCUUGAGGUCCCGGGUCCGGGUAGUACGAGAGCCCUGGCGGGGUGCGAGCUGACUUACAGACUAGCUUUGGAGAGCGAGAGGCCAGGCAAAGGCUGCAGACGCAUGCUUGCUUAGAAAGGCGGCUUUCAGAGAUUGCAGCGCGCUACCGAAGCAGAGGCGCACGGCUGGGGUAGGGGAGAGCUAUUUAGUAACCGCUCAGCGGUGCUCUGGGGCCAGGUGCCUGCUGGUCAUUGUCUAGGCAGGUGUGUGCAAGCCAAAGAAGCAUGAGGACGCUGGAAGGCUCCUCUGGAACAGUUCUGCACCGCCUCAUCCAGGAGCAGCUUCGCCAUGGCAACCUGACUGAGACGCGCACAUUGCUGGCCAUCCAGCAACAGGCUCUGAGGGGUGGGGCUGGAGCUGGGAGCGCGGGGAGCCCCCAGGCCUCUCUGGAGAUCGCAGCACCUGAGGACAGUCAGGUGCUACAGCAAGCGACCAGGCAGGAGCCCCAGGGCCAGGAGCACCAGGGUGGUGAAAGCCACCUAGCAGAGAACACCCUCUACCGGCUGUGCCCACAACCCAGCAAAGGCGAGGAGCUGCCCACCUAUGAAGAGGCCAAAGCCCACUCGCAGUACUAUGCAGCCCAGCAGGCAGGAUCCCGGCCACAUGUUGGGGACAGGGAUCCUCGAGGAGGCCCUGGAGGCAGCCGGCGGCAAGAUGAGGCUCUGCGGGAGCUGAGGCAUGGCCACGUGCGCUCCCUGAGCGAACGUCUCCUGCAGCUGUCCCUGGAGAGGAAUGGUGCCCGGGCUCCCAGCCACAUGAGCUCCUCCCACAGCUUCCCACAGUUGGCCCGAAGCCAGCAGUGCCCUCCACCUCGGGGCGCCCUUGCAGAGGGUCCAGAGCCCCGUGGGCCCCCACCUCAGUACCCACACAUUGUACUUGCUCAUGAGACUACAGCUGUCACCGACCCAAGGUACCGCACCCGUGGCAGCCCACACUUCCAGCAUGCAGAAGUCAGGAUCCUGCAGGCCCAGGUGCCUCCUGUAUUCCUCCAACAGCAGCAGCAGUACCAGUACCUGCAGCAGCCCCAGGAGCACCCCCCACCCCCACAUCCAGCCACUCUUGGUCAUGGUCCCCUGAGCUCCCUCAGUCCUUCUGCAGUAGAGGGGCCAGCAAGUGUCCAGGCCACCCCAGGCAGUGCCCACCUGGCACAGAUGGAGACUGUGCUGAGAGAGAAUGCCAGGCUGCAGCGGGACAAUGAGAGGCUGCAGAGGGAGCUGGAGAGCUCUGCGGAGAAGGCAGGCCGCAUUGAGAAGCUGGAGAAUGAAAUUCAGCGGCUCUCCGAGGCCCACGAGAGCCUAACGAGGGCCUCUUCCAAGCGAGAGGCCCUGGAGAAGACUAUGCGGAACAAGAUGGACAGUGAAAUGAGGCGACUACAGGACUUCAACCGCGAUCUUAGAGAGAGAUUGGAAUCUGCAAACCGUCACCUGGCAAGCAAGACCCAGGAGGCCCAGGCGGGCAGUCAGGACAUGGUGGCCAAGCUGCUUGCUCAGAGCUACGAGCAGCAGCAGGAGCAGGAGAAGCUGGAGCGGGAGAUGGCACUGCUGCGCGGUGCCAUUGAGGACCAGCGGCGGCGUGCCGAGCUGCUGGAGCAGGCUCUGGGCAAUGCUCAGGGUCGUGCUGCCCGAGCAGAGGAGGAGCUGCGCAAGAAGCAAGCGUAUGUGGAGAAGGUGGAGCGGCUGCAGCAGGCACUUGGGCAGCUGCAGGCCGCCUGUGAGAAGAGGGAGCAGCUGGAGCUGCGUUUGCGAACGCGCCUGGAGCAGGAACUCAAGGCCCUGCGUGCACAGCAGAGACAGACAGGCACCCCUACUGGUAGCAGCAGCAGUGGUGGGUCCUCAGAGCUCAGUGCCCUGCGACUGUCAGAACAACUUCGGGAGAAGGAGGAGCAGGUCCUGGCCCUGGAGGCAGACAUGACCAAAUGGGAGCAGAAGUACUUGGAGGAGCGGGCCAUGAGGCAGUUCGCCAUGGACGCAGCGGCCACUGCAGCUGCCCAGCGCGACACCACUCUUAUCCGACACUCCCCUCAGCCGUCACCCAGCAGCAGCUUCAAUGAGGGCCUGCUUGCAGGAGGCCACAGGCAACAGGAAAUGGAAAGCAGGUUGAAGGUACUCCACGCCCAAAUCCUGGAGAAGGACGCAGUGAUCAAGGUCCUUCAGCAACGCUCCAGAAAAGAUCCUGGCAAGGCCACUCAGGGUUCCCUGAGGCCUGCCAAGUCAGUGCCAUCUAUCUUUGUGGCUGCAGCAGGGACCCAGGGCUGGCAAGGACUCUCGUCUAGUGAGCGCCAAGUGGAUGCUCCUGCCCGGCUGACAGUAGACAGGGCAUCCAUGGAGGAGCCAAUAGCUACUGCUCCCCACCCUACCCAUGCCAAACACGGGAGUAAAGAUGGGAGCACCCAGACUGAUGGCCUGCCAGACAGCACCCCCACCUGCCUGGCACCCGAGCUCGACAGCCUCCUGGGGUGCAGCAGUGGCCAGAGGGCAGCCUCUAUGGACUCUGUAGCCUCAUCCCGCGUCCAGGACCUGUCGGACAUGGUGGAGAUAUUGAUUUGAAGGAAGGAGGUGGUACCUUUAGGACCUUGAAUUAUGCCUUCCCUUCCUCUGCCACUCUCUGCCAUUCCAGCAGCCCUUCCAACUACUGCUCCCUGCAUUACCCAACCACUGACUGUCUGUCCCCAGGAGUUUAGGAAGGGUGCUUCAUGGGAGAAGAGAGCUGAGAGUGCCGGCCAUCCAGAAGACUGCUUCUUAGGCCAUGUUCCUCCCGUGCCCAUGCAAAAGGAGGAUUGAGCCUUCACUCUCUCUCCUAGAAAGGAGCCGAGCCCCUCUGUCCUGACAGUUCACAUUCAGGCCAGGAGGGAGACUGAAUAUGUUGGUUUGGGGAGCCGAUUCCCAAAACUGACUGACCUUGGGCACCAGGUAUGCUGGUGUGGAAAUCAAGCCAGCCGUGUUAUUCUCUGGCUAAGUGUGGCCCCAGCAAAACUCCAUCUGCUUUUCCUGGGAUCACUCAGACUUGAAUCUUUUGGGGACUAUUGAGGGUGUGAGUCUGACAGAAGCCACAGCUUCACUCCAGUGAAGGGUGGGUUAAGGGCCAUUUGAGUGGACUGGGGGAUGGUGUAUGAUUUGUAUAUAGUUCCCUUCUUGGGGAACAGAAGAUGGAAGCAGCCGGUUGGGAUUCAUCUCUGUGGGCUGUGUUGCCCAUCCUGACUGGCACAGUUUUUGAAACUUCUGACUGGCUCCCUAGUUAUUCCAACUCCUCGAGUGCUUGGCCUGAAUUUGAUGCUAGUUGAUUCUUGGGAUGUUAGCUGCCUUUUCCUCCAUCUUGAGCCCUGAAUUAUGAGACCUGAAUCACCAGUCUUUUGAAAUGGCUCUACAGCUCCCGUCCCUAGGACAUCCUGUCAGUUUGGCUAUAAACCGAGCCAGAUGAAAUGAGCCACCACACAACAAACAUCUGCCAUGACCACCUGUGGCCUUGGGUGGCCCUACCCAACACCAGUUCUCUGCAGAAACUGGAGAAUUUGUUUUGCUCUCAUCAAUGUCUUUGUUUCCAUCUGGAGGGAUUGGGAGAGGGAUCAUCGAUGAGUUACAAGAAAUGACUCCAAAUAGUCUACUGAAUGGAGCCCCCGCUACAAAAUGGCACCUAUGAGGUUGGCUCCUCAAGCUACCCAUGCUCACCCCUGAAGCCGGGCCAGAUACUUGGGUUUAGGGUGAAGCAUCUUAUAUGGCAGCCGUGACUUUGACUUCUGGUCUUAAAGUCCCCCAAUUCAACCCCAGGAGUGAUUGGUGGGUUUUAGCAAGUUUUGUCUUUACUGUUUUUAGUUCUUCAAUCUUUUUUGUUUGUUUGUAUUGUUUUCCUUUUACUGUUUUUAGUUCUAUAUGUGUUUUAUUCGAAUGGUUCCUCAAGUUUUCUUUUUAAACAUUUGCAUUUGCUGGACAAUUGCAUAUUUUUUUAGUUCCCCAUCCCUGUUUAAAGCUGAAAAAUACAUUUGGUUCAUGUGCAUUGUUUACAAAGCAAAAAAAGAAAAAAAAAAACAGGAAAAAAAAGGCAAAAAAAUAUUGUGAAAGGAACAAAAACAACUUAAUAUAUUUUGGAUUAAUAUUUAGUAUUUCUUUUAAAGUAUUUUUUGUGCUGUGAACGUUUUCUGCCAAAGACCAUAAUGUGUGUCUGUAUGUUUAAGUUAUCGUAAAUAUUUAAAAUGUAAACAUGGCUGUUUUGUUAUGCCACCCUGUACCAGGAAUGCUACUGCAUUCCACUGGGUAUAACAGUAUUUUAAUAAAAAAAAUUA